UAAAGGAUGAAGUGGGGCGUGUGUUUUGGCUUUUGUUCUUACUAAUCUAGUCUAUGAUUCAUUUGACUUUUAUUUUGGUUUGUCUUGGAAAAAACCUGUUACUGAGUAAGCCUUACGGGAGAUGGAUGAAAACAAAGACAAAUGGCUUGCAGGAUUAAGUUGGAUUUUUCACAAAUUGUUUGUGUGUAGGGAAGCCCCCCGAAAGCCAGUUCUAAAUGGACACCAAUCAAAACAAACUGGCUGUGGAACUAGUUUGUCUGAGUCAGGAAUGUGAUAUGACUUUUCUCAGAGAUUCGCCCAGCGGUUUCCAUGGAAACGGCGAGAGUUUUGAAUAGGGCGUUGUUCAAUGCUCUCUUUGGGCGGGGUCUGCAACACGUGGUUCCGGUGAGCUGGAGGGUUUACCAGUCUCAGUAUUUAAAUACCUUCCAAACCUACAUCUAAGCGCAGAAACAGGAGAGAGGCUCGUUAACUACACAGUUUCACACAACCAGUGCUUGGGACGCUUUUGUUUUUGCAAAGAAAGUUUUAAAGGCCCACUAUCUUCAAUCAUGAUCAAAUUGUUAAGUGUUGCCAUUUUUGCUGGAUUGUUCUUUGCAAGCAACCAAAGGUGUCUGCGUUUCCUUCCAAUUGAACAAGUGUGCUGGACCAAGUGGUUUGACAGAGACGAUCCCCAUGGAAUGGGAGACUGGGAAGACCUUAGCAAUCUUCACCGAGAGUAUCCAGGACAGAUCUGUAGCUGUCCUCAGUACAUUGUGGCUGCUACCACUGACACAAAUACCCCAGCCCAUUCCACAAGGGAUACCUUCACUAUCUUCAGUCCGACCGAGGGGUUUGUUUGCCGCAACGAGGACCAGAUACAUCGAGAGUGCCGUGACUACAAAGUCCAGUUUGGGUGCCCAUGCCCGAGAUGAGCCCUGACUCCACAGCAAACACAGCAAUGGAUAAGAAGAGACACGUUCAAGUUUUGAUCACUUGAAUUCUGUCUGAUUUUUCUUUCAUGUUAUAUUUGAUUUCUUAUUGGUGGAGGAAGAAUAUUUGUCCUUUCUUGCAGCAGACAUUUUGACUUGUAGGAAAAGCAGAAAUUGUGUAUGAUGGCUCUGUUCUAUACCCUGAAGCCCGUGAAGCUAAAUAGAGUUCAACCAUAGUUAAUUCUGUUAUAUCAGCUUCUGCUUUUACCAUGCCAAAACUCCUUAUGGAAAAAAUAAAAA